AUGGCGAUGCUUUUCAUUGAGUGCGAAGGAGUCAGCGUCAUCCCACAACUUAGGGAAGAUGUUUUCGCGACUGGAUUUCGAAGGUUGAACGAUAGACGCCAGAGAAGUAAAGUGAUUUAUCGAUUUUUCAUAGCCGUCAGUCUGAUUUGGAUCACAUCCCGAAUGGCCUGGUUCCUAUUAUCGUUGAUAACUCGAGAGCCUUUGGCCUGUGAGGUUCGCGCUCAGUCGCAUGUUGUAGGCGUGUUAUCUGAAUUUUCGAGGUGGUUGAUGCUUGGUUUAAAUACCCGCAUGUUAAAAAAAGUCUUGAUCGUUUGUUCAUCACCCAGAGUCCCUUGGACGUCAUCUAAACCACAUGUCUUACGGGGACUGAUACCAAUUGCUUUGGCUGGAUCGAAAGGAUAUCUGCAAUAUCCUCCAGCUGAGCUCAAGACCAGCUCGAUUCAAAUAUUCGCUGUGAAAAACAAGCCAUUUGUUGGCUAA